AUGCGCUUGGGUGACCUUGAUGAUUAUUCCUUGUCCUCAGUCGUAUCGCUCCUCAGUCAAUGCGACAGUUUGAAUCUCUCCCUGACAUCUCGCAGGAUUCAUCCCCUCGCCAGACGCCACGCUCUGUCGACGAUCGACAUCAAGACGGCCGCGCAGUUGGAGAGGAUAUCCAGCUACCUCCUGGCGGAUGUGCCCAACCGCCUGCACUUCGUACGGGCACUCACCGUGUUCAGGGUCGCCUUCGACCCUCGCGGGCGGCACAGCGAGGCGGAAGGUUCUCUUCUCGCGGAUGUCCUCGAACGAGCACCGCAUUUGAAGACGCUGCGGCUCGAGGCAGCGGGUGCUCUAUUCGAGGCGGAGCCGCGCGUAGCAUCUGCAACAUGUCGCUUGGACCAGCUAGUCCACGUUGAUCUGCGAGGUCUGUCCUCCGCCUCAUUGGAAGUCGUGGAUCGUCUUUCCUGUGCGCCCCGCCAGCUUAGCCUACAUGGUGCCUACCCCAGAUCACAUAAAGACUGCUGCGACGCGACUUCACUGCUUUCUGCUCCCGUUAUGCGAAGCGUCCGUUCUCUCCACCUACGCCACUUCCGUAUCGCGGACCAACAAGUCGAUUCUGUUGAAGACGGCCUUUACCACACCCCGCCGCAAUGGCCAGAGCUCAGGGACCUGAAGAUAGAGCAUAGCUAUGUCUCUGCUGCUACUCUUGUCUACGCAUUCCCUACUGUCAAGGCGAUACACUUUAAAUCCCGGAAAAGCAUGGAAGUAUGGGAGAAAAAAGAUGCUAUCAAGGCUUUUAAGGCCAAUGUUAAGAUUGUCAUGGCUGGCACUAAGCUCAGGGAUCCCCUCCCCAGGUUGGAGGCCCUCGCCAGCAUCAGGCGUGGGGAGUGGACUGUGACCACGGAAACCGCAUGUUGGGGGUAUCUCGACUGGGCUUACGGAACUUCCGAGGAUUUCACGAACUGGGAGAUAACAUUCAAAGUACGAUGGCUUAUGCUCCACUCCGAGUCCGACUGGUCAUCUGUGUCGCAAAUACUGCCAAUCCUACAGCGUACUUUGCCUGUCGUCCUUUCCCUACAAGGCCUCCCUGCCCUGUUGGAGCGGCCCAUGAUGUUCUGGCCGGAAUUUGUCCGUAUUGCACCCCGCAUUCGCUAUCUCGAUCUUACACUGUCGUGUACCGAUACGUUGGACUCGGAUUUCAACAUGUACUGGACAGACAGGGUGUUCUCGGCAUUAUCAGAACUACCCUUGUUUGCUCUGCGCCUCUGCCGCAGCGGCAAACUUUACGCGCAUGACAUGGACGAAUCACGCCUCACUGUCUAUCCGCGUUGGUCGUCUGCGAUAUGCGACCUAGCCGCGCACAUCGCGGGCAUGGUGACGUCUUUGCACAUCAUCUCCGUCGGAGAGGGUGUUCAGGUAUACAACCGCGAGUUGUCACGCUAUCGCUUUUGCGGGCAUGCAUUAUGGUGGCGGAUCGUUCCGAAUGAUGAACCGCCCUCGGCGAAUGUGGACCGUGAGGAAGAUGCAGGGGAGAGUGUGCACUCCGGGAGCUCUGACGGGGAUGUCGAUGAUGAGGGAUCUGCAGAAGAGGGCUCAACACACGGAGAGACAAUCGACCCAAACCCGAAGCUGGCAAGGACUCUCGGCCCAAGUGCAUCUCGAAAAAUGGUGCCCAUUUCACGAGACCUGGGUGAACAUAUUCGUAUCUACAUGGAGUCGAGCGAGUUCACAGAAACGUCGGCCUUCGACGAUGAACUAUUUGAGCGACUUGCACGAACUGCGGUUCCGAGGGAGGUAGUAUCCGAGCCGUAA